GCGCAUCAUCAGAGCUGACGUGGGCUCUACGUGUGCAGCGAGUCGGGCUUCCUCUGCACCCGUAACGAGUGACGAGACUCUACGUACAACUCGGGCCAAUCUCCAUGGAAACUGCAACCAGAGCACAACAGGAAGCCAAUGCAACUGAGAAAGUAACAAGUGAGGUACAGUCAGACUCUGAUUCACUCACACAGGUGAAUGAGGGUGUGUCUGUGGUGUCAUUACCUGAUGUACAGACACUACAGGUGCAGGGAGUCAUUCAGACCACACAGCCCUCUGUUAUCCAAUCACCUCAGAUACAAACAGUGCAGGUAGCUGUUGAUACUGGUGGAUCGGGUUCAAACCCAUCAGAUCCUCAGAAGAGAAGGGAGAUUCUGUCCAGACGACCGUCUUACAGGAAAAUCUUUAAUGAGUUGUCAUCAGACGUACCUGCCGUGCCAAAGAUAGAGGAAGAGGAGAAAGUGGAGGAAGAAACCCUGGCCACCUCCAGUGUUGCUACGGUGAUGGCACCGUCUCCAAUCUACCAGACCAGCUCCGGGCAAUACAUUACGAUCACUCAGGGGGGAGCAAUACAGCUGGCCGGCCCUGGAGGAGAGGCCCUGCAGGGGGUUCAGACUCUGACUCUUCCCAGCCCCGCCACACCGCAGCCUGGGGCCACUAUCCUGCAGUACGGCGCCCAGCCUGGAGACCCCGGCCAACAGCUACUGCUGACCUCUGGACAGGUGCUCGUUCAGGCUGCCACAGGAGACAUGCCAGCAUAUCAGAUCCGCUCCCCAUCGUCAGGGUUACCACCAGGCGUCGUUAUGGCAGUGUCACCGGGGGCGAUGCAUUGCCCACCGCAGAAUGCAGAGGAGGUCACACGCAAGAGAGAAGUCCGCCUCAUGAAGAACAGGGAGGCGGCGCGCGAGUGUCGCAAAAAGAAGAAAGAAUACGUGAAGUGCUUGGAGAAUCGUGUCGCUGUGCUGGAAAACCAGAACAAGACUCUCAUAGAGGAGCUUAAAGCUCUCAAAGACAUCUACUGCCACAAACAAGAAUAACCCUCACAAACACUGCGCAAGGACUGUGUGAUUCACACACUACCUGUCUCUUCUCUUCUUCUGUUGCAUUGCCUGGAUUUUAGCGUUUUUUUGUUCAUUUGCUUGACCAAAUGUUUUUAUAAGUUGCUAAUGUUGCUUUGAGGAUGCUCCUCACACACACACAAACUAUUUCAGACGUCUGUUAUUUUCUGUUUCUUGUUAAAAAAAAAAAA